AUGUCGAUGCUUGAGGAACUUGCGAAAUCGUUUGAGGAAUUUGCUUACUCUUGCAAUUCAGGUCUUAAGAUUUGGCGGCUCGUUUCUGCUUGUGACCACAUCGCCACUUUCAUCGGUCACUUUGGAUCCGAUUUUACGUCAGUCCAAAGAGAAUUUAGGAGUAAGGAAAACGAGAAGGCCACCGGAAAAUGGUAUAAUUCGAGAGACCUUGUGAGAGUGAAGCGUUCAAUCGCCAUGCUCAGGGUAAUAUUUGAGCAAAUUCUAAAGAAUAGGGAAGAUUCCCUAACUGGUCCAGUUAACGUGGCAUAUGACAACAUUCUUGCUCCAUACCAUAGCUAUAUUGCUAAUAGAUUUGCCCAUCUGUUCACAAUGGUGGAAGACCUUCCUACAAUGGAAAAACUCUUGGAACAACUAGGGGAAACUUGGGACUCAGCAGUGUAUCAGAUGAGAAGGUAUGUUCAGGCAUCCAAAUAUGUUACAGACCACAUUGAGAACUUAUUUAACUCAUAUGGGUUAGCUGCAGUGCUCCAAUUCGAAGAAUGACCUGAUGGUGGAGAACUUAACUCAACGUAAUGCAUGUAG